GGACGACGUUUACGUAACGUCUAUUUUGCGUUGUGCCGCAAAAAAAGGUCGUUCGCUGAUUGGCUGAGGAGACAAGAGUUGAAAGUUGAAACAUCAACAGCGACAGCGACAGGAAGCAUCAAAUAAAACGCGGUCUGAAGGUGGUGAGACAUGAGUGGUACAGUCCGCCAAAUCACAAUAACUACUGAUCCAAGUACCCCCUACUUCCUGCGAGUGGACUGGGCAGGAGACCUGGGUGCUGGAUUUACACUAGCUCUCACUGAUGGCAGCUUGGCGUGGAUCGGAGAAGUUUCAGAAGAUGAAGUGACAAAGGAAGCCAAUGACCUGGGAGUCACGAGGGAAAGAUAUGUGAGGGAUCUUCUUCAAGCGCUAACAAGAAGUGAAGAAGGAAGAGGAGGAGGAGGAAGGAGAGAGGGCGACAAGGAGGUGUAUUCUUUCCAACUUAUUCCAGAUCACUGUCACCUCUCAUAUCAGAAGAUCUGUGAUAACAUCUUGUUGCACUUGGGCUCUGCUGAGCUCCAACCGGCUCCAGACCCUCUAGAGCUGAGCCAGGAGAUGAUUGGCCAGUCCUUAAAGCGCAGCGCCGAUCUGGAGUCAGCAAACUGCCAGCUGUUGGAGGAGAACCGUAGACUGAAACAGGAGCACCAGCGAAUACUUGCAGAGCUAGAGCAGCACGUUCAGGAUAAGGAGAAGUUGGACGUGCAUCUGUACUCUCGUUUUGUCAUGGUGCUGAAUGAGAAGAAGGCAAAGAUCCGAGGCCUGCAAGACACCAUCCGCCAGCUCCAGCAGAAAGAUGAGGAGACGGGACAAAGUGACAAUGAUGCAACUCCAGGAGAAGAUGGGAGUCAGGUCAGGAGAGAGGACACCGUUCAGAGCAUCCAUUCGUCUCUGGAGCCAACGAUCCUCAUCACGGGUCGUAAUCUUGUGUGCCAUGGCAUCUCUGGGGACCAGACCUUUUCCGAUACCGAAGAGGAACAACCGAGACGGAAGUGCAGGGCAGAGCAGGAGUAAAAUCACAGAUGAUAUCCAGGACCCAUCAACAUGAUUAAAGCUCCAAGUCUCAGGCCUUUUGCAAUAAACAGGUUUUCUUGAUCCCUAUCCAGCUUGGUGACAAGCAAGCCAACCCUCACUUCAAUACACUCAACCAAAACAGUGACAUCGGUGUCCUGGAGGUGUCCCCAGAUUUGAUGCCAGAUUUUGUCCCAGAUUUUGAAACUGUCAUGCUACCGGCAUCAGGUUUGUUUUCGCUGUGACAUUAACCUGCAGAGCUCUCACGAGAGACUUGCUGCUCAUCUUUCAUCUUCAAUAAUGGAUGAAAAGAUGGACGACAAUGACGCCAUCGGUGCUGCUGUAAGGACUUUGCCCCGAUGCGUUAGUGUUCGUGUGAUAACAUGCACCUAACGCCCUCCAGUGCUUCCUCAGGAACUGAUGGCAUUUCUGCUAAUGACAUGGAGAACAUGGCGGAGAGUGUUGACCAGGAGUAUGGAAGCAAUUUCUCAAGAGCUUGACUUCACCCUGCGCUCGAAUUUUGGCUGCCAAGCCCCUUGGCCUUGGCUCUGUGAUCGACCAGAGGAAGAGUAACAACUACUGAGGGACAACAGGCAACACCCAGAAAAACAGGGUGUCACCACCAUGGAACCAAAGCUGCUUUGUAGCUGCUUAUUCAUCAUGUCUCGCUGAUGUUUUCCUCCCUCUUUUCAUUAUGAAAAUAAACUGUAUGCCAUCUCUUUCAUUUCCCCUCUCUAAACUAUCAUUUUGCAAAAGAUGAUUUGUCCUUCACCUCUUUUCUUGUUUACAUCUGCCCUUUUAUUGUGUAGAUGUUCUCUGGCCCAGACUACCUCAGGGUUGUUUUGCAGAGGGUUAAUACGGUUAUGUUGCCCUCACCUCUUCACCUCUUCCUUUACCUCAGCUAUCAGCUCUAGGUCUCAAGGUCAUCACGCUAACAAUAAUGAACCGAGGGAGACGUGACCAUUACCAUUAUUUGAGCCUUCUACCUUUGACUUCUGAACCUCCCUGCCGUCUUUUAGAAUUUGGAUGAUACCUAUAUGUCUGCUGAAGACCACAGGUGGCCGCCGGCAUAAUCCCACAACACGCGCUGGUUGGUAUAGUAAUCCCCACAGGAAUGUCACACUCUCUCCUCGAUACAUCCCGUCAAUAAGGCGUUUUCAUACAGGGAGGUAGAGAUCGGUGACCGAGGAUAAUUGACAGAUGAGCACAUGACAACGUGCUAUGGAGGAUGAGACAAAGUGGGGAAGAGUAUGCUGAAUAUUUCAGCUAUUGCUUUCAUUCAGAUUUUUUUUUAAUGUAGAAUAUGUUAAAACAUAAUACAUGAUGUUGUGAAUAAAACCUGAUGGUUAUUUUUGUCUAUUUUAAAGACUGUAAAUGCAUCCUUGUUCAGUUGAUCCAAGAGUUGUUGUUUCCUUCAUUUGAUUUUAAAUAUAACGAAUGUUUCCGGAAAAUAUAUAAAAAAGACACAAUAGAGAUUUUAAUAUUUUACAGUUUUAAUUUUUUUUUUCAAGUCUUGGAAAAUAUAUGUUGUGAAAUGUCUCACAGGAUGAGUCAUUUUUUUAUCAGCCUUACAUAAAUAAACAAUUUGCAUAGCAA